UAUAAAGAAUUUAUUUGUUAGAUAAAGGGUUAUAUUUAAAAAUGUCUCUUGGGAGUGGUUUUCUGGAGAAUAUUCCUCACUUUACAUUCACACCAUCAGAACAUCAGGUUGAAUGUGUCCGUGUGGGAGCGUCUAGGAAUGUUACAUAUGUGUUACCACAACAACAUGAAAAAUCAUUUUUGGCACUUAUGGCUAUUAAGGAGAGGAGCAAUUAUAUAAGAGCAGGGCUAGGAAAGGCAUUAGUUUUGCUUUAUAAAAAACAUCAGGUGUCCCUAUGGGGAAAUUUUUUGGGACGUAUGACAGAUUUGAAAGUGGAGGAGAUAAAAGAAGAUGUGGACGUUGAUACAGGUCAGCUGCUGGGUAGAUUGGAGACUGGUGGCGUCAUAGUUAGUACACACUCAUACUUCUCCUCUCUCCUCUCCAGGAAACUAAUCAGCUUGUCCUCCUUCAACCUCGUCAUAGUCGACAACAUCCAGGCCAGCCUAGGGACAAAGGAUACACACACUUUUCUGCAGGCGUAUAGAAACAUCCCCCGGAACCAGGCACCAAGGUUAAUAUUCUUCACUCCAAACAUCCUGAAAUCCAACCCUCCGCAUCUACAGUCUAGAGUUCCACAACAGCUGAGCCGAUUAGAGCAGCUACUGCCGGCAGCUGUUGAAUGCAGCUGCGAGGUAGCAACACAGCUGCGCUUCCUUGCUCGCCCAAGAGAAAUCAUAGUUUUGCAUAAAUCAAGCACUGCAGAUCCUAGUUUCCCCCCGGAGGAACAAAUUAGAAACAUAUUAGAAGAAAUAAAGGAUUGGAUAGAAGACCAGAACUACUCUUUGUACGACACCUACGGGGAGGAGUUCCAGGAUCUUAUUGCUGAUAUACCUGAUCCUACCUUUACCCCCCUCAACAUCAUUCAGGAGUUCAUCAGUGUUCUAGACAACCUAGGUUUAUGGUGCGCUGAUCGUGCUGCUCUAGUUCUACUGAUCAAGAUUGACAAAUUGAAAACAAGAGAAAAAUAUGAACGCCAUUUUCUUCUUCUCUCAGUCCUCUUUACUGCCAUGAUUAAAAUCCGCAAAAUCUGUGACGAUUUCUUCGGUGAUAUGGACGAUUACGAUAGAAUUGUUAAGUUUAGUAAACCUAAGGUGCUAAAGCUGAUUCAACUGUUAAAUAAUUAUGUUCCGAAAGUGAAGGUAAAACCUGUGGAGCACGGUUCUAGUCCCGAUGCUUCGGAGAACACGGAGCUGACUUCGUCCCGACCAGGUUCAGAUAGUUCUCAAGAUCAAGUUGAACGACCAGGUUUAGAGGAAACUACUCUAGGAGUUAGUAGAGAGAGUACAGCACCAACAGGAGAAAUAAACAAAUCUGGAGAUUUCUCUAAUAGUCUUAAACCUGGAAAAUCUAAUAUGGAACCUAAACAAACCAGCUCAGAACCCUCAAAACCAAUGUCAGAAUCGAAAGAUUUCAGCUCAGAGCCUGAAAAGCCCAGCUCAGAACUUGAAAACCCCAGCUUAAAACCUGAAAAUCCCAGCUUAGAACCUGAAAACUCGAGCUUAGAAUCUGAAAAACCUAGCUCGGAACCUGACCACUCAAUCAGACCUAAUAACCCUAGCCCUGAAUCUGAGGAUAUAGAACCAACUGAAUCCUCGUUGAAAAAUAAACCCAACUCUACACUUCCAGGUACAGAUUUGAUUUAUCUCGAAGUAUUGAGAAGUUUUCUUUUAUUUGUCCGCAGUACUCUGUCAGUGAUACAGUAUAUUCUGAUCCAAGACUGUAUUUGUACAGAGGAGGGAAUAGAUUUUGUGAAGUGUAAUCUUGUAAUAAUGUUCGAUGCUCCAGCCACAUUCAGUAGAUAUAUCUAUACAAAGGUAAAAUGUAAGAGUGUGUACGGGUCCCUUGUCUACUUGUGUGAGGAGAGUAGACUAGAUGAACUCCGUGCUGAGCUAACCAGCUUCAAGAGUCUAGAAACCCAGAUACUAGACAACUGUACUAACAAGGCAGCUGAUGUAGAAGACGAUAUAGUGGCUGAUAAGUAUAUAAAUCUUCUUCCCCUUUAUCCUUCUAAACCAACUCUUCCUGGAGUUGAACCAAGUCUACUAUCUUCACCUGGAGCUGUAUCCACCCUCCAAUCUAAUCCCGGAGCUGAACCAACCCUCCAAUCUAUAACUGGAGCUGUACCUACCCUCCAACCUACUCCCGAAGCUAAUGUAAUCCCUCCACUUACACCUGGAGAGGAAGAACCAAGUGCUGUUCAACCUGAUUGUAGUAAAUGUAUUGAAUCUAGUGAAACUAAAAAGACUGAAACUUAUUCUUGUCAGACUGAACCUGUUGUCAUCACCAACCCCAGUACAAGUUGUCUAAGACUGCCCUCGGAUAGUAAAUCUCAAACUACUUCUCCGCCCCCUGGCCAACACACUGUUGCUCUGCCCCAGGGUAUUCAUCCCAGUGCUCCACCCUUGAGUUUAAACAGUAGUAUCCUGAUCCUUAAUAGAUACUGUGCUAAACUACCGUCAGAUACUUUUACCAGGCUCACACCUACAUGGACAGUUCAAAGAACCCCCGAGGAUAAGUUCUACUGUGUACUGUUCCUACCCAUCAACUCCCCCCUGAAGGAGCUUGUGGUCGGCUGUUGUAUGCCUUCACCGUCUCUAGCACGUCGAGCUGCAGCCUACCAGGCGAGCGUUCAACUCCAUCAGAUUAAAGAACUAGAUGAUAAUCUCAUGCCCUUAGGGAAAGAAAGUAUUCUAAACGCAGUGCGCCCUGUAUCCCAGAUACUAGACAAGAAAAUUGAUCCCAUAUCCAAGAUCCAAGAGGAGAAUACACAACCUGUAUCCCAGAUACAAGAUGAAACAAUGCGUCCUGUAUCACAGAUACAAGAUGAAACAUUGCGUCCUGUAUCCCAGAUACAAGAUGAAACAAUGCGGCCUGUAUCCCAGAUACAAGAUGAAACAAUGCGGCCUGGAACAACAAAAAGACGACAAUAUUAUUACAAGCGGGUAGCUCCUUGCCUGACUAACGGACGGAAAACUACUAUAAGUAAAGUAAACAACACAAAAUCAGCUGAUACAGUCAAUAUUGAUGAAACUUCGCUAUCUCUAAAAACCUUGUCCUUAAAACCAGAAGAACCGGAGAAAAAAUGUGAUACAAAUUUCGAAUAUAAAGAAGGAGUCCUAGACCCCUCUGAUCCAAUCGAGGAGCAUGAAAUGAAAAUGGAUUCCUCAGAAAGCCCUGAAGUGGAACUUGAUCGAAAACUAGGUCUAGAAUUACGAGAAAAGUUUCCAAAUCUGAAAUAUUACAGUACAGAGGAAGACACUUUACUUAGGGAUCGUUACUCCAAUAUAUCUGUACCGUCCUACGCAAACUACAACCUCUACGCAAUGCGUAUGCACCUGACCUGCCCUAUUCCGGAGGAACAAAACACCCGAGGUCGGAAAAUCUACGAUCCUGCGGACUCCGAUCAGCUGUUUGGAAUUCUUCUGCCCAAUAAUAUGCCGGUCAUACCAUCCUUCCCUAUCUACACCAGGUCGGGGGAGGUGCUGGUCAACCUUGUCCUGGUUCAGCAGGGGAUACACCUCAACACCAUCGAGUUAAAGAAGGUUUUCACCUACCAUGUGUUUACCUUCUACUCAGUUCUCCGACUGGAGAAGUAUCCCAUGGUGUUUAACUGUGAGGAGGAACACAACUGUGCCGUGUUUGUCCCGUUGUCUCAGAAGAAUGGAGACCUGAGAAUAGAUUGGGAGUUUUUGGAUGUCAUUCAAUAUCUUUCUACAAAACGCUUGCGGUCUCUAGGGGAUGAAGAGCGGAGAGAGUUUAAGUUUGAGAUUGAGAGUUACAAUGACUCCGUGAUAAUGCCUUGGUAUAGAAACCAGGAUCAACCUCAGUAUUUCUAUGUUGCUGAGGUGUGUGAGCAUCUCAACCCCACCUCGGACUUUCCUGGACAAGGGUUUGAAACCUUUGAGAAAUAUUACGGGACCAAAUAUGAAAUAAAUAUCCAGAAUUUGUCCCAACCUUUGCUUGAUGUAGAUCAUACUUCAGCUCGAUUAAACUUCCUGACUCCUAGAUACGUGAAUAGGAAGGGGAUAGCACUUCCGACCUCUAGCGAUGAGACAAAGAAGAACAAGAGAGAAAACUUAGAUCAGAAACAGAUACUGGUUCCUGAACUCUGCGCUAUUCAUCCUUUCUCCGCCAGUCUCUGGAGACAGACCGUAGCUCUACCUUGUGCAAUGUACAGACUCAACGGUCUUCUUAUAGCAGAUCAGAUUCGUCAUGCUGUCUCAGUAGAGAUGAAGUUCGGAGUACAAACUCUACCCGACACCUUCACCUGGCCUCCGCUCAACUUUGGUUGGACUUUGGCAGAUGUUGUAAAAAAUACUAGGUCUGAGAGUAAAAUUUCUCCGUCCGACGAGAAAUCUUCAAGCGAGGAAAUCGAGAAAAUAAGACUGUCCCGGAAUAGUAGCUUAUCUAAGGAUGGGUUUGAGGAAGAGGAGAUGAUCGGAGUGUGGGAGGAGGAAGGUGAUAUGGGGAAGAUGGCUGACAGGCUGUUAAGUAAACUGGCAGCGGAGGAGAAGUUGAACCGGAGAAAGAAACUAGAGAUUGGAACUUGGAACAAUGAUAUGGCAAACCAGGGUUCGGACUGGGGAGCUGAUGAUGAGGAUGAAGGAGGUAGUGAUGAUGAACUGGCUCUAGCAGGAAUAGAACUACCGGACAAUCUCACAUUUAUACCAAGCAUUAAAACUAAACCUCAGGCUGAGGGGAGCAAAGAUUGGGGAACUGGGAUUGAGACGAAAAAUUUUCGUGUGGGUAGUCCCACCUGCUUCACAGGAAACAAUAUGGCUGGGUUAAUGGACGAUCUGGAGGGGUUCAGUUGCUCCGACUCCGAGGAGGACUGGGAGGAAGAGAUUUCAGAUUCUGAGUCUGAGAAACCAGGGAGAGCCAGGAUAGAGUUCCACGGUGAGAAUGUUGCUGAGACUAUAGAGGAGGAGUCUGAUGUUGCUGCAAGGGAGGAGAGACAGGCCAAGGACAGGGACCAGGAGACAAGUAUGGUUCAGGAUCAGGAGUGGGAUCCCAACCUUCUCCUAGAGGUGGAAAACCUAGGAGAGAUUGAUAAACCUGAGAUUAAAAUUGAGAUCAUAGAAGAUAGCGCACCCGUGAGAUUGAUAAAACAGUCAGAUGAGGUGAAACCUGAAGUGUUUGAACCUGAUCCUGAAUAUACUCCGGUCAAACCCCAGCUCAGUCAUCAAACAGACCUUGAUACAGUUCUAUCCAACCUUGGUUUGUGUCCGGAUCUGUCGAUCUUAAAACCAAUCCCAAUGGAGGAACCUGGAAUAAUUCCUUGGCCCGAUGUUGAUCAGACCGAUGUAAAAUUUGAUUAUCAACCGGAGCUCUCCGAUCAUCCUGGACCAUCUCCCUCCCUCAUCCUUCAAGCCCUCACAAUGUCCAACUCGAACGACGCGAUCAACUUGGAAAGAUUAGAGACAAUCGGAGAUUCGUUCUUGAAGUAUGCAAUUACAAGUUAUCUGUACUGCCAGUAUCCGUUUAUUCAUGAGGGUAAACUCUCUCAUCUAAGAUCAAAACAGGUUUCCAAUCUAAACCUCUACCAGCUAGGCAGAGCAAGAGGUCUAGGAGAGUUCAUGAUUGCCACUAAGUUUGAACCCCAUGAUAACUGGCUACCACCUUGUUACCAUGUACCACGGGAACUUGAGAAAGCUCUGAUAGAAUCCGGUGUACCGGCCAGUCAUUGGAAUAUGGCGGAACUGCCCGGGAUAGAAAAAAUGUCCAGCCUAGAGAUUUGUCAAAUACUCAGGGAGAGGGUUGAGAAAAGUUUUGUUGAAGAAGAUAGGAUCCAAGAUUUACCAUCGUUUAUACCUUACAAUCUACUAACACAGCAUUCUAUACCUGAUAAAUCAAUAGCAGAUUGUGUAGAAGCUUUAAUAGGUGCUUAUUUAAUAUCCUGUGGACCAAGAGGGGCAUUAUUAUUAAUGACCUGGCUACAGAUCAAGGUGCUUCCAGGAAAUAUAGACGCCCCUGGCGAACUAGUUCCUCCCCCCUCCCCACUGCUGAGAAACCCCUGGAGCCCGAACCCAGAGAAAGAGCUAAACUACCUCCUGGACGGAUACAACAAGUUCGAGCAUAUGAUAGGAUAUGUCUGGAAGGAUAAAAGUUAUCUUCUUCAAGCCUUCAGUCAUGCUUCUUAUUAUCCAAACAGGCUGACCGACUGCUAUCAGCGGUUGGAGUUCCUGGGAGAUGCUGUUCUGGAUUAUCUGAUUACACGCCAUUUAUACCAGGAUACACGAUUACACUCUCCUGGUGCACUUACUGAUCUAAGAUCUGCUCUUGUCAAUAAUACAAUAUUCGCCUGCCUAGCUGUCAGGUUCCAGUUCCAUAAAUACUUUAAGCAUAUGUCCCCUGGACUUCAAGUUGUUUGUGAUAGAUUUGUCAGGAUUCAGGCAGAAAAUAAUUGGAAGGUGUCUGAGGACUGUUAUCUGAUGGAUGAGGACGAGAAUGAGGAGGCGGAGGAUAUCGAGGUUCCUAAAGCUCUGGGUGAUAUAUUUGAAUCUAUUGCUGGAUCUAUCUACCUGGAUUCUGGACUCUCAUUAGACGCUGUCUGGACGGUUUAUUACAGAAUGAUGAAAGAUGAAAUAGAACAGUUCUCAAGUCAUGUUCCUAAAUCCCCUAUCAGAGAACUCCUGGAGCUUGAACCAGAAACGGCUAAGUUUGGGAAACCAGAGAAGCUUGCCGAUGGCCGGAGGGUCAGGGUUUCCGUCGAAGUUUUUGGAAAGGGAACAUUUAAGGGAAUAGGUCGGAAUUACCGGAUAGCAAAGUGUACAGCGGCAAAGUGUGCGCUGAAGGCACUGAGGAAAAUUGAAUCAAGAAACAAAAAGAAAUAAUCUACACUUGCCAUGCUGUUAUCUGUUAAUGAG